CGCAACCUUAUCCUGCAGGCUUAUAGAAUCAGAUAAAUAUCCAAUCAGUUCGCAUCCUGCUUCACUCAUCUGAGCAAUUACAAUAUGGAUCCCUCGGCAACAUUUGCAGAAUGUCAAACUCCCGGAGCGAAUACGCCUGGACAAAGCUGCCACGAAGCACAACACGCUGGAGAAGAACUAGCUCAAAGCACACAUGCAAAGAAUCAGAGAGGGUGGAGAAGAGUCGCACUCAAUUUCACGCCGUCGUGGUUUUCGGUCAACAUGGGCACGGGCAUCGUCUCUAUCCUACUUCACAAUCUGCCAUAUAAUGGCCGCUGGCUGUAUUGGAUAUCGGUCGUCAUCUUCUGUCUGAACAUUCUUCUUUUCAUCAUUUUUACGACCAUCAGUGUCGUGCGAUACGUCUACUUCACUGGGCUCUUCAAAGCAAUGCUUCGGCACCCUGUUCAAUCUCUGUUUUUAGGUACGGUACCUAUGGGUCUUGCAACCAUUAUCAAUAUGAUUGUUUUUGUUUGCGUUCCAGUUUGGGGUCACUGGGUCACCAUCCUGGCAUGGUCGUUGUGGUGGUUUGACGCUGUUCUUUCGAUCGCCAUCUGCAUGGGUCUUCCGUUCCUCAUCAUGUACGAGCACGGAGGUGAACUCAAGACGAUGACGGCUGCGUGGCUACUGCCAGUCGUCUCUCCCAUCGUCGCGGCCGCUACCGGGGGAGUUGUAGCAGAGGUGUUGACCAACAAUCAGUACGCCCUCUGGACGAUGGUGAUAUCUUAUAUCAUCUGGGGGAUGGGUUUCUUGCUUGCGAUGAUGGUUCUCGUCAUCUACCUACAGCGUUUAACUAUGCACAGUCUUCCGCCGCGAGAGGUGAUCGUAUCGGUCUUUCUACCUCUUGGACCCAUCGGCCAAGGAAGUUUCGCGCUCAUGCAGCUUGGAAAGGUUGCGAACAAGAUCCUGCCCGCGACUGGGUCAUUGAUACCCCAGUCCGGACCAAUCUUUUACACGCUCGGAUUUGCUAUCGCUCUCGUGCUUUGGGGAUUUGGCUUACUGUGGCUGUUCUUUGCGGUGGCGAGUAUCUCACGAUCUCGCUUUCCGUUCAACAUGGGCUGGUGGGGAUUUACCUUCCCUCUGGGUGUCUACACGGUCGCGACGGCGACGCUGGCGAAAGAGUUGCCCAGCCUCGUGUUUCGCGUGCUGGCGACCAUCCUCUCCAUCUUCGUCACUCUGCUGUGGAUUCUUGUGAGCUUCAAUACGAUCAAAGGAGCGUUUACUGGGAAGCUGUUGUUCGCGCCGUGCGCUGCUAAGUUUGAGGUGGAAUAUACACAACGAAGGGUUGAAAGAGCUCAAAAGUCGCUAGAGAGGAAAUUAUCCAAGGAUGAAGCGUAGCAUGCAGAUAAUUGAUUGAUGUAGCAUAGUAUUCGUUAAAAAGCGAUCAUGUUGAAAUGGUUGAUUACACAAUUUAUCUCACAGGCUCUAUAGUCGCAUCGCGACGCGUGGGCCUCAUAUGAAUGUGCUGCGCUAUUGACAGUUAAGAAACUGUGUAUAUCUGAUACUCAUAAGAGCGACUUGCUUCUCUGCUGAAGGCGGUAGUAAACGGCAAAGUAAAAGCCCCGUGUUUGAUGCUACCACUUCCCAACGAG